AUGGAUUUGAUUAAAACAAGCUGUCUCGGAGUGACCCUUGAAUAUUUGAAUACAGGAAUGACCGUGCUGUCCAGCGUACAUUUUUGGGAGGAUCCGCCCAACCUGCAAUCCGAAGAUCGACCUGUUUUCACGAACCUCUUGCAGGAGGAUCAGACUUGGUGCGUCGAUGUAAAACGGACUCACGUUGCAACAGAUCCGGAAAUCCCACGAGAGAUGCUGAAAGACUCUAGAUGGGAAAGGAACGACGAGCUAUCGAGGCCGGAGAAUUCGGGACAGGAGUGUGAAUAUGUCGUCCAAGAUACGAGAUCAAGAGACAUGAACGGUUUCGAUAGUAGGCGAGGACCUGAAGUCCGUUAUUUGUGA